AUGUGGGUGCAGGAGUGGAAGCCGGUGAUGGGAAUGCUGGCCUUCGACCUCAUCUCUGCUGUGAUGACGGCGCUGGUGAAGAAGGCUCUGGAGCAAGGGCUGAACCGCCUGGUCCUCGUCACCCUCCGGCCUGCGCCAUGGCAUUCUUGCAGGAGCACGAGGCCCAAGCUCACAUUGGAGGUCCUAGCGUACCUCUUCUUCAGCGCCGUGUUUGGCGCGACGCUCUCACAGUACACCUUCUUCUAUGGCUUGCAGUACACCACUUCCACCUUCGCCAUAACCUUCAUCAACCUCUCUCCUGUGCUCACCUUCCUCAUCGCCGUCGUGAUGAGGAUGGAACCGCUGAAGUUGAAGAGCAUGGUGGGAGCCGCAAAGAUCACCGGAACGCUCACGUCGCUGGCCGGCUUGCUGCUGCUGAGUCUCUACAAGGGUGUGCCACUGACGCACCAGGCUGCCACUGCACCUAGCCCAGCUGCUCACCAUGCAGCACCCUCCGACAGCAGUGGCAACAGGAGCUGGAUGCUGGGCACCAUGGCUUUGCUGUUCAACUGCCUGCGCUUCUCCUUCUGGCUGCUGCUGCAGACAAAGCUGACCAAGAAGUACCCGGCCAUCUACUCCAGCACUGCCAUCAUGUUCUUCAGUAAAUGGCAUCGACAUUCCACAGAACAAAUGUCAACUAGGAUGCGUGUGUAUGUAUCAAAUAUGGCAGGAUUUGUUCCUCGCGCCGGAGUACACCAAUGCAAUGGUGCGGAGGCCGUACAAAUUUCUUAUUUCCAUUGCUACAAGUUUGAGUGA